GCGGCUUUUGAUCUGGUUUGUCGUCGAUAUGGCGAGGAUGUCUUGUGACUUGAGAUUCCUUCUCAUCCCGGCGGCUUUCAUGUUCAUCUACAUCCAGAUGAGGCUUUUCCAGACGCAAUCACAGUAUGCAGAUCGCCUCGGUUCCGCUAUCGAAUCUGAGAACCAUUGCACUAGUCAAAUGCGUGGCCUCAUAGAUGAAGUUAGCAUCAAACAGUCACAGAUUGUUGCUCUCCAAGAUAUGAAGAACCGCCAGGACCAAGAACUUGUGCAGCUUAAGGAUCUUAUCCACACGUUUGAAAAAAAAGGAAUAGCAAAACUCAUUGAAGCUGGACAGAUGCCUGUGGCUGCUGUUGUGAUUAUGGCCUGCAGUCGUGCAGACUAUCUUGCAAGGACAGUUAAAUCAGUUUUAACAUAUCAAAGUCCCGUUGCUUCAAAAUAUCCUCUAUUUAUAUCUCAGGAUGGAUCUAAUCAAGCCGUCAAGAGCAAGGCAUUGAGCUAUAAUCAACUAACAUAUAUGCAGCACUUGGAUUUUGAACCAGUGAUCACUGAAAGGCCUGGCGAACUGAUUGCGUACUACAAGAUUGCACGUCACUACAAGUGGGCACUGGACCAGUUGUUCUACAAACACAAAUUUAGCCGAGUGAUUAUACUAGAAGAUGAUAUGGAAAUUGCUCCAGACUUCUUUGAUUACUUUGAGGCUGCAGCUAAUCUCAUGGAUAGGGAUAAAACCAUUAUGGCAGCUUCAUCAUGGAAUGAUAAUGGGCAGAAGCAGUUUGUACAUGAUCCCUAUGCACUCUACCGAUCAGAUUUUUUUCCUGGCCUUGGGUGGAUGCUGAAGAGAUCGACUUGGGAUGAGUUAUCACCAAAGUGGCCAAAGGCAUAUCCUUAUACAUAUGCACUAAAGGAAAACCAUAAAGGCCGCCAAUUUAUUCGACCUGAAGUCUGCAGAACAUACAAUUUUGGUGAACAUGGGUCUAGUUUGGGACAGUUUUUCAGUCAGUAUCUGGAACCUAUAAAGCUAAACGAUGUGAAGGUUGAUUGGAAAGCAAAGGACCUGGGGUACCUGACAGAGGGAAACUAUACCAAGUACUUUUCUGGCUUAGUGAGACAAGCACGACCAAUUCAAGGUGCUGACCUUGUCUUAAAGGUUCAAAACAUAAAGAGUGAUGUUCGUAUCUGGUAUAAAGACCAAGCAGAGUUUGAACGCAUUGCAGGGGAAUUUGGUAUAUUUGAAGAAUGGAAGGAUGGUGUGCCUCGAACAGCAUAUAAAGGAGUAGUGGUGUUUCGAAUCCAGACAACAAGACGUGUAUUCCUGGUUGGGCCAGAUUCUGUAAUGCAGCUUGGAAUUCGAAAUUCCUGAUGCAAAACAUAUGAAAGCAAAAGAAGAUUUUCGAGCGCAUGCAGCCUCCUUCUAGCAGCUGUUAGGUUGUAUUAUUACUUACGGAUGAGUUUGUAGAGGGGUGGGGUUAACUUUAACAGAAAGGAAGCUCUGGUGACCUGUCUCAUUGGCUCAGAAGUUAUGGGAACCCCUUAAAGGGUCAGGCUUAAAUAUAUAUUUCAGUCGUUU